AUGGCUCCUGGACACCAACAAGGCUACAGGUUGCAGCCCCUAUUCCAGGCUUCUAUGUAUACUUUGGUGGCAACACAGACCUGGCUGUGGUGGGACCAUAGACCCAAACAGAGUAUUCAGCAGCAGCCAGGUCCAGAUGUUACCGUGGCCCCAGAUGGUGGUAAAGGACACACAGAUCAACCUGUCUCCAGUGGCAGCAUGGCCCUCAACCAACAUGGCUCUAGCACAAGAUGCUUAGCAACUGGACUGGGACCAUCAAAUACCCCAACAUCACUAGAGGCAGUGGUCUGUAGAUAUACUGAAUGGCACAAACUGGAUUUAAAGAAGUUUCUAGCAUUGUGGGUGUUUGAUGAAUUACUUACUCUCUGCAAGCCUGUUUCCUCUUCUUAUGAACCUGUGCCAGACAUUCCCACAUAGCCACUUGGUCUUGACAGAAAGUUUCAUGUGUUCAUAUCUCUAUUUCUUCGCAGGAACACCAGUGGAACAUUCUCAAGUAUUGGUCCAUCCACCCCAGUCUGGAGUACUGACAACACAACAAUGAAUGAAAGUUACUAUACUGGAAGCUUACUCUGUGACACCAUAUACAAAAUCUUCAGUAUUCUUACCGUCAUCAUUUGCAUGGUUGGGCUGACAGGAAAUGCCAUAGUACUGUGGCUUCUGGGCUUCCACAUGCACAGGAAUGCCUUCUCAGUCUAUGUCCUCAACCUUGCUGGGGCUGACUUUCUCUACAUGUGCUCUCAAAGUGUGUUUUCCCUGAGACAUAUCUUUAUUCUGUUUGAUGUCGGCUACUUCAAUAUUCCCUUCAUUCUACCCAAUGUAUUAAUCUUUGCUUACCUUGCAGGCUUAUGUAUGAUUACAGCCAUCAGUGUUGAGCGAUGUCUGUCAGUUUUGUGUCCCAUCUGGUAUCACUGCCGGAGACCAAGACACAUGUCAUUUGUCCUGUGUUCCCUGCUCUGGAGCUUCUCUCUACUGUUAAGCCUCCUGUUAUGGUUGGGUUGCAAUUAUUUCUGUGACAGUGCUAUUUUAACUAUUGUUGUAUUUAUAACAGUAAUAUCUGUUGUUACUUGUGGAUUCAACCUGACCCUGUUGGUCAGGAUCUUCUGUGGCUCACAGAGGAUUCCUGUGACCAGGUUGUAUGUGACCAUUGCACUCACAGUGCUGGUCUUCUUACUCUUUGGUCUGCCCUUUAGUAUCUAUUUGGUAAUUGACUUUUUGAGUGAGACAUCUAGAGUUUUUUCUUGCGAUUUUUAUAAUUUGACAGCUUUCCUGUCCUGUGUUAACAGCUGUGCCAACCCCAUCAUUUACUUCCUUGUUGGCUCCAUUAAGCAUCGCAGGUUCCAGAGGCAGACUCUGAAGGUUCUUCUGCAGAGAGCCAUGCAGGAUACUCCUGAGGAAGAAGAUGGAGAGAGGGCUUCUUCAGGAUAUACUGGACAGCAGGAAACAGCUUUGUGUAGUAGUUGA